AUGAGCCAUGUACUUUGUCGCGCGACAGUGCGGUUCUCUCCCGCACUGCGCCUAAGACCAUCCUCGCCCUUCAGCUCCCACCACCAGCCCUUCCUGCGGAGUCGCGUGCCGCUGACGUCGGUUCUCGGGCGCUCAUUUUCGAGGUCGUGUUCGUUGAAAGAAGAGGAAUCCGACAGAAAAGAAGAAGAGCAGAGAGAGAAGGCCCGCCAAAGAGAACAACGAAAAGUUACAUCCGGAAAGAGUGCGCAGUCAUUGGAGAACGACCGACCAUGGCACAGAGAGGGUAGUCAUGCACAGCCAAAGUCAACAUCACCGGACCCUACACACGGAGACUUAACGAAAGGCAGGCUCUUGACAACCCCGACCCGACUACUCAAACUUAUCCUGCCCAUGCCCUUCCACCCCAAGCAAGAACACAUCAACGUGCCCGUUGAGAAUCCAAAAGGCGAGACGGUCGAGCCAUUGGCACUCCUAGUUCACCCCCAACAGCCGCUGUCCUACCUCGAGCGAUUAAUACAAGCGGAGAUCCCACCACUACGAUACAACGACCGAGACAAGCUUCCAGAUAUUGUAUUUCGGGCCGAAGCCGACCAGGAAGAAUCCCACCACCAUAAGGACCGGCGGGAUACCAAUGUCGCCUCAUACUCUGGCCUUGGCCAUGAGGGCCCAGACAAGAAGCACACUGCCUGGGUGCGCUGGAGUGGUAGCACCGAAGUAGGCGACUUCAUACGAGACGCGGCGCGUGGGACCGAGUUUGCCAUCGACAUCGAAGGCCACGGAAAGGAGUUGCGCGUGGCCGUGCCGAGCUUCAAGGACCGUACCUACUACAUGCGGAUGCAACUGAGGAGAAUGUCGCGCGAGAUUGAUGCCAUGGCCAAAGUCAAGAGCGAGUGUGAUCAGCUCGCCCAUCAAGGAGCCCACCGACUCGCUCAAGGUGGCUUCGCUGCUCUUGCUACAUGGUGGGGGGUCGUAUACUAUAUUACGUUUCACACGGAGAUGGGAUGGGACUUGGUGGAGCCCGUGACCUAUCUCGCGGGAUUGACUACCAUCAUGGGAGGAUACCUGUGGUUCCUCUUUAUUAGUCGAGACCUCAGCUACAAGGCGGCCAUGAAGCUGACGGUGUCGAAGCGUCAGAACGCGCUAUACCAGGAGCGCGGCCUCGACCCGAGCAAGUGGGAGCACCUGGUCCACGAGGCAAAUGGGCUGCGGAGAGAAAUCAAGAUGGCGGCGGCCGAGUACGAUGCAGAGUGGGACGAGACGAAGGACUUGAGCGAGGACGUGAAGGAGGUUCUAGAAGCAGAGAAGCGGAAGAAUGGCGGUGACAAGGAGAAACUAAAGGACGAUGAUGACGAGGACGAGGAAGAAUCACUGUCACGAGAUAACAAGUGA